AUGUUCCUCUAUCUGUCUUUGAAAUUUUUCCUCCUUAGCCUUGGAUUCUUGAUCGUCUUUGUGUCCCGUUACAUUUUCCACUUGCUCUUGACAAGACGCGUCCUCUCUCGGAUUCCCGGGCCUCCACCGUCAUCUCUUCUCUGGGGCGAAGAAUGGAAUCUAUAUCAGAGCGCACCUGGCUCUCCCUACAUCGAGUGGCACAAGAGAUAUGGAAAAGUCGUCAAAUUUUCGGGUGCCCUUUGGCACCCAGUCGUAUCCAUAACCGAUUUUAAAGCUAUUUCUUUUAUCCUAGGAGAAGGUAUCUAUAGUCUUCCCAAACCUCGAGGCGUCCGUGCCUGGUUUAGAGCGACCCUUGGGGAGGGUAUCCUUUGGGUAGAAGGGAAACUUGCUCAUGAACACCAACGGCGUAUUCUAGCUCCAGCAUUAAACCAGCAAGCCGUUCGUGGCUUGACACCAGUUUUUUUUGAGACUUCGGCAAAAUUAGCAAUGCAAUGGACGAAGCUUUUUGAUGCAAGCUCAGUGGACGAAAUGGAAAUUGACAUUACCAAUUGGGCUGGUCGGUUUGCGCUUGACACCAUCGGACGAGCUGCGUUCUCUUAUGAUUUUGACUGCCUUUCAGGCGCGCCCCAUCCUCUAGAAGAGGCCCUAAAUGGAUUAACGAACUGUGAACACAAAAGUUCGUCCUUCUAUAUGAGAGCGCUCUUCUGGCUGUUUCCUCCCGUGCUUUCCAUGGGGAAGAAGGGUGAGAUGAUCCAGAAAACAAAAUAUGAACUUGGUGUGAUUGCAUCCAGGAUGUGGUGGGACGCAAAAGUCGCAGGGGAUCGUGACAGCAAAACCGUAAUGGCACACAUGCUACGACGAGAUGACUCGUUCCCCCAUUCUCUUCUGGACGAGCAACACGUAGUUUCUCAGAUGCGAACCAUCAUUUCGGCUGGUUAUGAGACUGUGUCAGCUGUCGUAGCUUGGAUACUCUACGAACUAGCUUCCGAUAAUCAACUUCAGGUUGCCCUCAGGGAAGAAUUCUCUUCUUUGCUAGAUCACUCGAUGGACUCUGUGAACAGCCGCUGCCCCCUUCUUGAUGCCGUUUUGAAGGAGACUUUGAGAUUACAUCCCGCGAUCCUAGAAAACCAUCACGAGACUGCCCACGAUAUCUGUCUCCCUCUUUCAGAACCGAUUCCCGGGAUGAAUGAACUGCAACUCUUUUUACCGAAAGGAACGCUGUUGGUGAUACCAGUGAAUGCGAUACAGUCUGACCCAGAAAUAUGGGGGCCUGAUGCGAAGAUCUUUCGGCCCCAACGGUGGUUGGAAAUGAAGCAGAAUGGCAAUCGUCGCGGCCGCGAGCUCCUAGCAUUCAGCGAGGGACCCCGCUCAUGUAUUGGGAAAUCGUUUGCAAUAGCGGAGAUCAAGGCUCUCGUUGUAACACUCGUCCGCCAAUUUUCCUUUACUUGCCCCUACGAGAUUGAGGCUUUCCAAAGCUUCGUCGUUCGGCCUCGUGUCAAAAAUCAAACCGCCAGUUCACUUCCUCUACUUGUUCGCAGACUGUAA